AUGAAGACGUCGCUGGCGCGAUCGGUCUCGGCAGCAUUGGCGUGGAUCCUCUUGCCCAGCUCCAAAUCCCUGGCGCUGCUACACGCCUUGAGAGCGGUGAGAAGCAGGGGUAUGGUGAUGAUCGAGCUCGACGAUUCUUUGAUGCUGCAGCGAUGCGCUGCCGCUGUAGAUCGCGGGAAGCAUCGACAGAGCAUUGAUCGCAAGAAAUUUAGGGUUCUUGGGCCGCAUUUUAGGGUUCUUGGCGAGGAGGAUGAAUGGCGUAUUUCGGAGACUUCGUCGCGCGUCACCGAUAUUUCGUCGCGCGGUGCCAUCGAUCAGGCAUUCGUGUGGAUCCUGCUCGACGCACUCAAGGCCUGCAUUGCCUCCAAGAAUCUCGACGCAGGGAAGAGGAUCCAUGCCGAUUCCGUGGAAUCGGGAGCGUUCUUCUCUGGCGCGCACGUCCCCAAUGCAAUCCUCGGGAUGUAUUCCAGGUGUGGAUCGCUGCCCGACGCUAGAGCAGUGUUUGAGACGAUCGCAUCGCCGGGCUUGGCCUCGUGGACGGCGCUCAUGUCUGGGUAUGCCAACAACGAUCAAGGCGAGGAGGCUCUCGGCAUCUUUGCUCGAAUGGAGGAACAGGGAUUGGAGGCCGAUGCUAAAGCCUACGUCGCGGCGCUCAUCGCCUGUGGAAGCUUGGCCGCGAAAGAGACUCCACAGAUGGUUGCGGGUGAGAGGAGUUUUAGCGUCAAGCUUGGAUCACUGGAGAGAGGGAUGGAUCUCCACUCUCGAGCGAUGAAAAGCGGCUGUUACUCCGACAAGUUCGUGGCUGGCACGCUCGUGGAUAUGUACUGCAAGUGUGGGAGCUUGCUCGAUGCUCGCAGAGUUUUCGACCAGAUGGUGGCGAGGGACGUGGUUGUGUGGAACAGCUUGAUCCUGGGCUAUGCCGAGAAUGGAGAGGAGGAGCUAGCUCUGGAAGUUUUCUGCCGAAUGGACUGCCCGAGCCCGCGGACUUUCCUGGCGGCCGUGAUCGCGUGUGGGAACCUGGCCGCCAGAGAAGAGAGCAAGGUGGUGGACGGGAAGCUUGUCAAGGUCCGGAGCUUGGAGAAAGGAUUGCUCGUCCACUCUCAGGCCGAGAGAAGCAGCGGUGGAGUGGAUAUCUUUAUUGCUAGCGGCUUGGUCGGGAUGUACUCCAAGUGCGGCAGCAUGAUGAAUGCCGGGCUGGUGUUUGAGAAGAUCGUCCGCAAGGAUCUGGUGCUGUGGAACUCUCUCAUUCUCGGCUACAUCGACAACUGGGAGUUCGACCUCGCUCUUAAGUCCUUUGAGCGGAUGCAAGCGGAGGCCUGCGCACCGAAUUGCCGGACUUUCGUGGCUGCUCUCAUGGCCUAUGGAGGACUCGCUGCUCGAGAAGAUUACGGCAGCGAGCCAAGGAAGCAGGCCUUGAAGGCGGAGCUUCUGCGGAAAGUCGAGGCCAUUCACGCGCAAGCUGCCAGAUCCGGGUGUGAGUUCGACGUCUUCGUGGCGAGCACGUUGGUGGACUCGUAUGCAAAGUGUGGGAGCCUGGAGAAAUCUCGGGAGGUGUUCGAGAGGAUGCCGCUCCAUGAUCUGGUGACUUGGAACUCGCUCAUCAUGGGACACGCCGAUAACGGUGAAGGCGUGCUCGCUCUCGAGUGGUUCCAACGCAUGAGGUCUCAGGGCUGUGUUCCAGACUCUCGGGCCUUCUUGGGAGCGCUGAAAGGUUGCAUCGACAUAGCCACCAACUCGAAAGAAGCCGAAGUGGAAGUUGACGAGAACAAGUUCGUGAAGCCUGGCUGCUUGGACAAAGCAAUGGCAGUUCACUCUCAGGCGAUCGAGUUUGGCUGCGAAUCCGACAUCUUUGUGGCCAGCGCUCUUGCCGACCUCUAUGUGAAAUGCGGGAGCUUGUUGGACGCCCGGGUCGUCUUCGACAGGAUCCCGUCCCACAACGCGGUGCUGUGGACGACUCUUUUGAUGGGAUACGCCGAGAAGGACGAGCCCGAGCUGGCUCUGGAGCUCUACUGGAGGAUGGAACCCGAGAGCCGUGCCGCCAACACGCGGAUCUUCGUUGCUGGCCUCACAGCAUCCAGCGGGCUGGCAGCGAUUGAGAUUGGUCGGAAGAUCCAUGCGGAGGCGUGCCAGAAUGGAGGCGAGAAGGACCAGUUCGUGGCGAACAGCCUGCUCGACAUGUACUGCAAGUGUGGGAGCUUGGCCGCGGCGGAGCACGUCUUUGACUCGAUGAGCUCGAGAAACGUUGUAACUUGGAGCACGGUCAUCGCUGGCUAUAGCCGGGAGGGCGAGACGGAGCUGGUGUUUGAGCUCUUCCAGGCCAUGAUCGAUGGAGGGAUCGGUCUCAACGGGAUCACUUGCCUCUCGGUUCUCUCAGCCUGCGGUCACGCUGGCCUAGUCGAUCGAGGCACCAAGUUCUUCCGCGAAAUGUCCUCGAAGUUUGGAGUGACUCCGAGCUUGGAGCACUACCACUGCCUGAUCGAUCUGCUGGGCCGGGCCAACCGAGUAGAGGAGGCUCUGGAGCUGGCGAGCAGCAUGCCUACGAGAGCAAGCUCUUUGACGUGGAAGACUGUUCUUGGCGGAUGCUGGAAGUGGAAGAACGCCAAGGUUGCCGAGGUUGCGUUUGAGAAGCUCUUGGAAUUCGAUGACAAGCAGGCGAGUGCGUAUAUCUUGAUGGCAAACAUCUAUCGGAGUGUAGGGAUGGAGAAGGAAGAGCUUAGAGUAGUGAGAAUGGGAAAGAACGAGUGUAAUGGUAUUGACUUCUCUUAA